GGGUCCGGACCCCUCGGUCUCCGCCCCGGGGCGAGCCCAGCCCGGGCUGCGGUCCCGCCGGCCUCGGCGGGCAGGGCGCGGCGAGGGCGAAGGGCGAAGGGCCAGCGGCGGCCUGGGCGUCCGUGUGUGGCGGGGGCCGUAGGGGGAGGACGCGGGCCGAGGGGGAGGGCUCACAUCUCGGCGAAGUUCCCGGAUGGUCGCAGCCUCCCGGCGCGGAGCGCUUUUCCUGCCCUCCCCGGCUCUGCCCUGCGGACCCAGAAAGUUUGCCAGAAAAAAAAUGCCCCGCGCGCCGCGGGACCGAGGAGCCGCCCGGAGCCGCCGCGCGAUUUAUCCACAAGACUGCUGAAACUUUAGCUGUCCAAGAUGCCUGUCCCUCCCCCGCCAGCCCCGCCACCGCCUCCAACAUUUGCUCUCGCCAAUACCGAGAAGCCCACCUUGAAUAAGUCAGAGCAGGCUGGGAGGAACGCUCUUCUCUCUGACAUCAGCAAAGGGAAGAAACUCAAGAAGACAGUCACCAAUGACAGAAGCGCGCCCAUAUUGGACAAACCAAAAGGAGGCGGUGCCAGUGGCGGUGGUGGCUAUGGUGGAGGCGGUGGCGGUGGUGGUGGAGGAGGCGGUGGUGGUGGCGGUGGAAAUUUCGGAGGGGGUGGACCCCCCGGACUGGGAGGACUAUUCCAGGCUGGAAUGCCGAAGCUGAGGUCCACCGCCAACAGGGAUCAUGAUUCUGGGGGAAGCCGACCACCAAUUUUGCCACCAGGAGGAAGAGCCACAUCUGCCAAGCCCUUUUCGCCCCCAGGCGGCCCGGGGCGGUUCCCCACACCCUCACCAGGACACAGGAGUGGUCCCCCAGAGCCGCCCAGGAACCGAAUGCCUCCCCUGAGGCCUGACUUGGGCUCCAAACCCGAUAGCCUUCCCCCUCCGGUACCAAAUACGCCAAGACCCAUUCAGUCAAAUCUGCACAACCGGGGAUCCCCGACAGGGCCGGGAGCCCCCAGGCCCCCCUUUCCCGGAAACCGAGGUGCUUUUGGAGCCGGCUCUGUACGCCAGAACCCCUCGAGCUCUUCCUCUCCGUUCUCCAGGCCCCCUCUGCCCCCCACCCCAGGCCGAGCCUUGGAUGACAAGCCCCCUCCACCACCUCCUCCCGUGGGCAACAGGCCCCCCAUCCACAGAGAAGCUGUCCCACCUCCUCCCUCACAGAACAGCAAACCUCCGGUGCCUUCCACCCCACGGCCUGUGUCCGGGUCACAGGCACCACCUCCUCCGCCACCGCCCAGCCGGCCCGGCCCUCCUCCCCUGCCUCCGUCUUCCAACGAUGAGAUCCCGAGGCUGCCACAGCGGAACCUGUCCCUUUCAUCCUCUGCGCCGCCUCCCUUGCCUUCACCUGGACGCUCUGGGCCUCUCCCUCCCCCUCCCAACGAGAGGCCCCCUCCUCCAGUGAGGGAUCCACCAGGCAGAUCAGGCCCCCUCCCGCCGCCACCUCCAAUAAGCAGAAACGGAAGCGCCCCUCGGGCCCUGCCUGCCACCCCUCAGUUGCCAUCCAGGAGUGGAGUGGACAGUCCCAGAAGCGGGCCCAGGCCUCCUCUUCCUCCUGACAGGCCUGGUGCUGGGGCACCGCCCCCACCCCCACCGGCAACGUCAGUUCGGAAUGGCUUCCAAGACUCAUCUUGUGAAGAUGAGUGGGAAAGCAGAUUCUACUUCCAUCCGAUUUCUGAUUUGCCGCCUCCAGAGCCAUAUGUACCAACAACCAAGACGUACCCCAGCAAACUGGCCAGAAAUGAAAGCCGGAGUGGAUCCAACCGAAGAGAAAGGGGAGCCCCACCCCUUCCUCCCAUCCCGAGGUGAUCUCUGCCUGCUCUUCUCUACCCGAGCUCCGAAGCUGCUUGUGUUGUUGCUGUUUGAAUGCACACCCCUCCUCUUCCUUUGUCCCUCUCAGAGAUGGAAGGUGGGGAGAACAGAAGCUGAGGUGGGGUUCUGUGAUUUUGGUGGGGGAGGGAAGGGAACCAGGAAAGGUGCACCUAGCUGUUUGUCUUGUAUAUAUUCUUGAGCUAUUGCUUGCGUCAGCUGCAUCCUGCCGGGGCUGGCAGCUGGGAUCGAUAAGCUUUUGUUGCAAGUAGGCAGAGAUGAAUUGUACCCUAGCCGUCAGCCCCACAGAGUCAGACGUUCACCGCUUGUUUGCUAUGGGUUAUAGUUGUUAAAUUCCCUGAGAGAUGGUUUUGUCCAUACCUUUCUCGCUCACGCCACCUUCAGUCUGUUUCUGUGAACGACAGACCGCCUGCCCUAGCAAGUUGCUGAGCAAGCCUCACGUAAAUAAAGCCCUGUGGUUGCAGGAUAUCCAAUCUUUGGCAGAAUGAGGUAGGCUCCAGGGCAGAGCUGUCCAACGGAAACAUACUGUGAGCCCCAUACCCAGUCUUAAAAUGACCAGCAGCCAUGUUUUAUAAAGGUAAAAAGAAACAGGUGAAAAGAAUUCCAUUUUACUUAACUCUAUGCAUCUGAAAUAUCACCUCAACCUGUAAUCAGUAUAGGAAUUAUUAAUGAGAUAUUAACAUUUUUGGUACUAAGCCUUGACACUCCAGUGAUUGUUCUGUACUUAGGACAAACACAUCACAGGUUUCGGGUGUCCAGCAGCCACAUGUGCCUAUACCCCACACUGUCAGACCGUCUGGAUCUGGAAGAGAGGAGCGAGUACAGAACCCUCCUGUCUAAAAAGGCAGAGUGAGAUUUAGCAAUUCAAGAGAUGCCUCAAGACAGAGUCAGAACUCAGUACCAUGUUUGGCAGACAGUUGAGACCUUGGAUUUUGGUCCCUUAUUUUGCCUUUUUCCUGAAUAUGUAUGUACAGGUAUUUCUUCAGAGUAUCUCUGUCAGAAGUUGAUCUAGUACAGUUUACAGUCGCAUGGAAUAAAGCAAAGAAACUGAAAGUUGGUGGGCGCUUCCCAGCUUAGGACCAGCUGGCUACUGCGCUCACUGCUCAGUUGGUCCGUUGUCUUGCAGAUCUCCUUGUGGCCUUUAGUCCUCCACCUCAGAGCAAACUCCUUCCUCAGGGCCAAGCAGGAAAGGCCAGGAAGGCAGAGGAGGUAUAAAACCAGAAUUGUGGGAGAAGGGGACAGAUUUGAGAUGAUGGGUAGAGCUCUACAAAACCCACAAGGGUCAAGGGGAUUAAGGACCUUACCAGUAGAAACUGGGAAGAACUGGUUUUGAGUGUCUUGGGAGCAUCCUUGUUCUGGAUCUAUGCAAUUAAGUCCCACUACAGGACCACAGGAAGGACCAGACUUGCCUUUUUUAUGUAUAUAUAAUGUGUUUACAAGAUUUUACUGGGACUUUUAAAUCUAGCCAUAGAGUUGGAAAAGAUUUCCAUUUUGAUGUUUGAUAUAGUUAUGUUUAAUAUUACCAUUGUCUGUUAGAGCACAUGCCACAUGUGUGCAUCUACCUGAACUUUGGAUUUUGGGUCCAGUGUAUUAUUGCUCACAUGUUGCUGGGAGAUGCUAACAAAAAAGAAAAAAAAAUCAAUCCAAAGAAAUAUGGAAAGACAUUCCUAUUUAUAGAAUAAUUGUUUCAUUUAUGUGGAAGCAGAACUUAGAAGUUCUGAUAGAUGAAAUGUCUAAUAAUUAUGAAGUGACUGGUUUGAAUAUAUUGUAUUUUUGUAACUUUCCUUCCAAAGCCCUGAACUUAGUACUUAAGAGUCAGUCUCCCCCCCCACCAUUUGUCUGUCUUCCAUGAGAAUGAAGAAAUAACAAGCUUGACAUUUUUUAUUUCUAACAGUUUUAUAAUGUAUUUCAAAUUCUUUGAGCUGAUGUUCACUACACUAAACAUCCUUUUGAUAGACUCUAAGUGACCCACUCUGCUAAAAAUAGAAUGGCUCCUUCCUUGCGCUAUGUUUGGCAGGAAAACAUGGGUCUGAAUUUUUUUAAGGGGUAGUGAAAAUCGGGCAGGUCCUAGUAUGUCUCAAUUUUUCGGGUACAUUUCUAAAUUAGAAGUAGGGUCACAGCUCAAAGUUGCCAUUCACAAUAAAGAAGUUUUAGAAUGUAUUUUUCAAAGACUGUUUCAGUAAUACACCUCCAUCCUUCUUCAGAACUCUGGAGAUGUUCUGUGCUUAGCUUAACCUAUGGCAGAUCAUAAAACAUGACUAUUUUCUUCCCUAAAAUCAAAGCUUACGUGUAUGUUUUUUCCAUAAUAUUUCAAGUUAUGUGUAUUCAAGAUGCGAUACAGUAUUUUAACAUUCGUAAAUCACUUUAAAUGGAAAUAUAUUGCAGUAUUAAAAUUCAGUGUUCAGUGUCUCCUUCACUAUGCGUUUUAUUUACUGAAAGCUGAGAAAAUGUUUAACCCAAUGGUGCCUUACUCUGUGAUCUGAAAGGAAUCGACUUUUUAUGUCUAAGUAGUGGGUUAUAUGCAUAUUUGUAAAAACUAUUAGGCCUUUAUAUUUUAACUUGUAAUAGCAAUUUUGUUGUUGUAAUAGCAGAAACAGGGUGGUUAUUAAAGUAUCCUCAAAUUUUGGGUAUGAAAUUAAUUUUCCCUGUUUAUGGGCAGGGGCUAUAAAGGAAUUUUUUCAUACCAGCGCACUGUGUAAACAGACACACUUAGGUCUCUGUGUCAGCAGGCUAGUUGAAUGGUAGGGUAGACUCUACCCUAGACACCUACAUCUUUGUAAGUUAGCCAGACAAUAAAUAAAACACAAAAUGA